GGUGAGCCGGAGAGCGACGGACGCAGGGCAGAAUUCUAACCUGGUUAAAUCUCGCUCGGGUAGUGGCGACAAAAUCCACCACCUCGUUGGCUCGAGCCUCUAGCUCGAGACAAGCCCUAGUGCUCCGUAUAAAUCCCGUAUCAGUGUACUCCCUUCGCACGCUCCAGGAAACGACGAAGAGUGGGUGGGUGCACGAGGCAUCGGGAACUGCGAGGAGGGUACUAGCUAGAAGAAGGCGCAGGAGGAGUGGGGGACUAAGAAGAGAAACUGCUGCGUUUCUAUCUCGAAACGAAGGAAAACAGUCUUGGCUCGUGAAAAAGAAAGGAGACAGAGCGUCAUAGCAUGCAGACACCCAAACCCAGAAGCAGGUCAUCAGAAGUUCGUCAAAGAACUUCUCCAGGCACUCCUAGAUCAACUCGUGUAACAAAGGCAGGAGGACAUGAAUCUGACUCUUCCACUUCUGCUCACACUCCUACAAAGCCGCCAACUGAAAGAAGUCCUAAGGUUGUCGAACGCCGGUCACCCAGAAGUCCCAUAACUGAGGUCCAGAAGAAGCGUCCGAGUAGGAUAUCUGAGUUGGAGUUCCAAAUCACUCAACUCCAAGAGGAUCUGAAAAAGACAAAGGAUUGUUUAAGUUCAUCUGAAGAAGGGAAGAGGCGAGCCCAGCAGGAUGCAGAAGAAACCAAGAAACAGAUACAAGACAUAUCCACAAAGCUUGAGGAUUCCGAACGCCAGCUUGUUGAGUUCUCCGCAGCAGAAGAAACUUGGCUCCAGGAACUACACGAAAUUUCCCAGGAGCAUGAUUGUGCAUUGCAGUCUGAACUUGAAGCCAUCAAAAAGCAGCACUCUGUUGACUCGGCAUCUUUGACCUCUGCCAUGAGUGAAAUUCAGAUGUUGAGACAACAGCUUGAAAUGGUUAUUAAAUCUGAGACUUUCCAAGCAAAGCAAUCUGCAGAAGCUUAUGGUAAGCUUCAGGCCUUGAAGCAAGACAUGGCAGGAACAGUUGCUACCCUUGAGAACCUAAAGAUUCAGCUUAAGAAUACUGAGAUGGCAGAGGCUGAAGCGCAAGCAAUGGUCAGUGAGGCUCAACAGCAACUGGAAAUGGCUAAGGCCAGUGUUGAGACUCUUAAUUCUGAGGGACUCAAACUUAGGGAAUCCUUGAGCUCUUUGACCUCUGAGCUUGAAGAAUCCAGAUCUCAAGCUAAUUCACUAGCGGAAAUUGCGAAAAAAUUGGAGGCUGAUAAGCUUGCUGAGGAAGUUGAUCGCAAUAAACUUCUUGACAAAUGCGGUGGUGGUUGUUGGGAGUCAGAAGUGAAAAAAUUGAGAUCUGCACUCGAAGCAGCUGAGAUCAAGUACCAAGAAGAAUGUAUUCGAAAUACAGUGCAGAUCCAGUCUGCUUAUGAACUGUUGGAGAGCAUGAAGACUCAUUGGGGACUGAGAGAAGCUGAACUAGAAUUGGUGCUGAAGAACAUGGAGACAGAAAUUGCUGACUUAAAUGGAGCUCUUGUUGACAAGGAAUCUGAACUUCAGAAAUUAGCAGCCAUCAACAAGGAACUGAAUGCAGAAAUAGAGAAGUCUCAGUUAAGACAAAUGGAUUCAGAGUUGGAGGCAAAGUUAAUGAAGUCAAUCACUGACAUCGCCGAGUUGAAGGCAGACCUCAUGGAUAAGGAGACAGAGCUGCAGAGUAUUUCGGAGGAGAAUGAGAUCCUGAAAUCCGAAAUGGAAAAGAGAGAGGCAGAAAGCAGUAAGAGUCAUGAAGCAGUUAUUGCCGAGCUCGAGUUAGCAAAAGCUGCAGAGCGGGAGGCAACAAUGAGGCUCGGAUAUGUUGCUGACGAGGCAGUUAAAAACAGUAGGAGAGCUGCAAGGGUGGCCGAGCAGCUGGAAGCAGCCCAAGCAGUAAACUUAGAAAUGGAGGCUGAACUGAGGAGGCUGCGAGUGCAGUCCGAUCAAUGGAGGAAGGCAGCUGAAGCAGCGGCAGCUGUUCUCACUACGGGAAACCAGGGUAGAUUCAUGGAGAGGAGUGGCUCAUUGGACUCGGGGUACAAUACUGUUGCUGGGAAGCUGAACUCCCCGUUUUCUGAUGACUUGGAUGGGAAAUCACCAAAGGAGAAAAAUAUGCUGAGGAAGAUUGGUUGGUUGUGGAAGAAGAGCCCAAAGUGAAAUGACUAAUGACUACUUAUUGCAAGUAAAUUAUUCCCAUUUGGUUUUCCUCUUAGGUUCAUUGCCAUAGGAUAGGUGAUACAAAAAGCAUUGGCUUUGCUUUGCUGUUCUUUCCACCUGCUGCAAACUUUAGUAUUAUCCUUAUGGUACUUCAAAUUAAAAGCAAGGGAUGAUGGAAUCUUUUUACAGAUGCUAUUAUAUAUAGCA